GGGAGCCAUGGAAUCCCGCAGCGCUCCUCGUCUUCCUCUUUUGCCUCGGCUGGAGGGAGAAUCCGGUGUCUGCACUUUUGCAGGGAAGAGAUCCCCAGUGUCCUUUGAGGAUGUAGCUGUUUCCUUCACGGAGGAGGAAUGGGCUCUGCUGAAUACAGGCCAGAGAAAGGUCUUCUGGGAAGUGAUAGAGGAAAAUUACGAGAUGGUGGCCUCUCUGGGUGUCCAGGGCAGGGGCAUUCCUCAAGAAGGAUGCAGAAAUGUAUGGGAUCUGAAGUUCCACAGGGCCUCUCUUCUUUCCUGUUUCCCCCGGCUGGAGGGAGAAUUUGGCUUCUGCGUAUCUGCAGGAAAGAGACCCCGAGUGUCCUUUGAGGAGGUAGCCAUGUUCUUCACAUUGGAAGAAUGGACUCUGCUGGAUCCAGGCCAGAAAAAAAUCUACUGGGAUGUUAUGAAGGCUAACUAUGAGACUGUGGCCUCUCUUGUUCAAGAUGUGAGGGUGACAGGUCAUGAGAUGGAAUCAGGAAGGAGAUUUGUGGGAAUAGACAGCAGUCUGCAGGUGGAAGCAAAAUCUGGGAAUCAAGUGGGACCAAAGAGACAUUGCAGAAGAAAAAGGAAAGCAAAGCAGAAGCAAAGACCAGAAUCGGUGGCCUGUCAGAGCAAAAGUAAGGCUGGGGUCUCAGCUCAAGAUGGAAUGGACAGUAGAAGGAGAAGACCUAAUAGUGCCAUGAACCAAAAAGGGUUCCACAGCAAAUGUGGUGUUGAAACAUAUCAGAACAUUACAGCAUCCUGGAAAAGGUAUAAAUGUGUGGAAUGUGGAAAGUGCUUCCAUUGGAGUAGUGCAAGAAGUAGGCAUCAAAGGAGUCACACGAGGGAAAAGCCUUAUAAAUGUUUGGAAUCUGGAAAGAGCUUCUAUAACAGUAAUAGAUUAACUUGCAAGGGAAUGAUUCAUACUGGGGAGAAGCCACAUAAAUGCUUGGAGUGUGGAAAGUGUUUCUCUCAGAAUUGUGAACUAACUAUACAUCAAAGGAUUCAUUCAGGGAAGAAGCGAUAUGAAUGCUUAGAGUCAGAAAAGUGCUUCUCUGAAAAUGGGCUCCUAAAAGCUGAUAAUAGCAUUUAUACAAGGGAGAAGCGAUAUAAAUGCUUGGAGUGUGGAAAGUCUUUCUUUGGGAAUGGACCUCUAAAAGAACAUCAAAAUGUUCAUACUGGGGAGAAGCCAUACAAAUGCUUAGACUGUGGAAAGUGCUUUUCUCAGAGUAGCAACCUAAAAACACAUCAAAGGAGUCACACAGGAGAGAAGCCAUAUAAAUGCUUAGAGUGUGGAAAGAGCUUCUAUUGUAGUAAUAGACUGACUUGCCAUCGAAGGAUUCAUACUGGGGUGAAGCCAUAUAACUGCUUGGAGUGUGGAAAAUGUUUUUCUCGGAAUGGCAGCCUAAGGAUACAUCAAAGGCUUCAUACUGGGGAGAAGCCAUAUAAAUGCUUAGACUGUGGAAAGUGCUUUUCUCAGAGUAGCAACCUAAAAACACAUCAAAAGAGUCACACCGGAGAGAAGCCAUAUAAAUGCUUAGAGUGUGGAAAGAGCUUCUGUCGUAGUAAUAGACUGACUUGCCAUCGAAGGAUUCAUACUGGGGUGAAGCCAUAUAACUGCUUGGAGUGUGGAAAAUGUUUUUCUCGGAAUGACAGCCUAAGGAUACAUCAGAGUCUUCAUACUGGGGAGAAGCCAUAUAAAUGCUUAGAGUGUGGAAAGUGCUUUGCUAAGAAUGGCAGCCUAAGAGUACAUCAAAAGAUUCAUAAUGGGGACAGGUCACAUAAAUGUUUGGAGUGUGGAAAGUGCUUCUCUUUGAGUGGUGACUUAAGAACACAUCAAAGGAUCCAUACUGGAGAGAAGCCAUAUAAAUGCUUGGAGUGUGGAAAAUGCUUCCCUCACAGUAGUAGCCUAAGAACACAUAGAAGGAUUCAUACAGGUGAGAAGCCAUAUAAAUGCUUGGAGUGUGGAAAGUGUUUCUCUGAGAAUGGCCACCUAAAAAUACAUCAAAGGAUUCAUAGUGGGGAGAAGCCAUAUAAAUGCUUGGAUUGUGGAAAAUGCUUUUCUCGGAAUGACAGCCUAAGAGUACACCAGAAGAGUCACACAGGGAACAAGACAUAUAAAUGCUUGGAGUGUGGAAAGUGCUUCUGUUUUAACCGCAGCCUAACUGCACAUCAAAAGUUUCACACUGGGCAGAAGCCAUGUAAAUGUUUGCAGUGUGGAAAGUGUUUCUGUAGCAGAAAUUCCCUAAAGAAACAUCAAAAGAUUCAUACGGAAGAGAAAUAUAAAGGCUUGGAGUCUGGAAAGUGCUUUUCUCAGAAUGUUGAGCUAACUACACUUCAAAAUAUCCAUACACUGGAAAAGCCAUAUAAAUGCUUAGACUGUGGAAAGUGCUUUUCUCGAAAUUACUGCCUAAGAGUACAUCAAAGGAUUCAUAGUGGGGAGAAGCCAUAUAAGUGCUUGGAGUGUGAAAAGUGCUUUUCUCGGAAUGACUGCCUGAGAUCACACCAGAAGAUUCACACAAGAGAGAAGCCAUAUGAAUGUUUGAAGUAUGGAGAGUGCUUCUCUCAGAAUGGACCCCUAAAAGUACAUCAAAGGUUUCGUGCUGAGGAAAAACUAUAUGCAUGCUUGGACUGUGGGAAGUGCUUCUCUGGGAAUGAACCCCUAAAAGUACAUCGAAGGAUUCAUACUGGGGAGAAGCCAUAUAAAUGCUUGGAGUGCGGAAAGUGGUUCAGUCAGAGUGGUGACCUAAGGACACAUCAAAGGAUCCAUACUGGGGAGAAGCCAUAUGAAUGCUUGGAGUGUGGAAAAUGCUUCUCUCAGAAUGGUAGUCUAACUAUACACCAAAGGCUUCACACAGGAGAGAAGCCAUAUAAAUGCUUGGAGUGUGGAAAGUGCUUUUCUCAGAAUUGCAGCCUAAAAGUACACCAGAAGAUUCAUACAGGGAAAAGCCAUAAAAAUGCUGGGAGUGCGGAAGGUGCUUCUCUCAAAAUGGUAUCCUAACAACACAUCAUACUGUUGACAAGCUGCAUAAAUGCUUGAAGUGUGGAAAGUGCUUCUCUGAGAACGGAACCCUAAAAACACAUCAAAAGAUUCAUGAAGGGGAGAAGCCAUAUGAACACUUGGGGUGUGAAGAUAGCUUCCCUCACAGUAGCCACCUAAGACACAUUAAAAGAUUCACACUGGUGAGAAGCGGAAUCAAUGCUCGAAGUGUGAGAAGUGCUCUCUGUUGGAGUGGCUGUCAAGAAAAUGGAUCCUGCAGUUCAGUUUUUUGUUCUUGGGUUGAAACAUUCCUUCAGGCUUUGUAUCAAAACCUAGGCCUCUGAAACAUAGGGGAAGAGGUCAAAAGGGAAACAUCUGGGGGGUUUCUUGAGAAACCUGACAAGUCUGACUUGGUGCAUUUGAAUACCAGUGACAAGCAGCUACACUAUUUGUCACGGAAUACACACUUUUGAUGCUUGUUUUACACUUCACAGAGAAGAAGCAUCUUGUCUUAAAACUGCUUCUAUACUGAACUCUCUGUUAUCAGAUCCAUGUUAAGAGAACAUCACUGGUCUAAUCUUUGAUCGGGCAGAUGGGUCCCUGCCAUCUCCAAUCUGGGCCUUAAAAUGGAUAGUUUAUGGUUCUUUAUUUCGUAUCUGCUUUCAGCUAACAUGAGGUGACGAGAUGACCUAGGAACGUACCAGGCAUACUCUUUUGGACAAAGGAAGUUGGAGGGUUGCUGGACUUCUUUCAAGACGGGCAACCUAUGAUAGCUAUAAUUUAGGGCAGGGGUGUCAAACAUGCAGCCUGGGGGCUGGAUCAGGCCCCCAGAGGGUUUCUAUCAGGCCCACAAGCAAGUCUGCUUCCUUCUUCCUUUUUCUUGCUUCUUUCUGUGUCCCAACUUGCUUUGCCAGGAUUUCUCAAUUGCACAGAAGCUAUAGAGCAAAGCCUCUAUUUCCCCCAUUGGCUGAGGCUCCACUCUUUGGGAGGAAGUGGGGGUGGGGAGGAAGGAGAGCUUGCUGUGAUACCACAAUAAGUUUUAUUUUAAGGUUGUUUUUUUUUUUAAUUUGUGGCCUUUAUAAAGUUUAUAUCUCCGCUACCUGCCAUUAAAUUUUACGGCACACAUGGCCCGGCCUGACAAGGUCUCAUUUAUGUCUGAUGCGGCCCUCCUGAUUUAGGGUAUAAUGUGUAGCUAAAACUUAUUUAGAUUUCUUGUUUCCUCUGCUUAUUGGUCUGUUCUUCUGACAAUAUUCCUGUUCUCAUUAAUAAAAAUAUACUUUUACUCUC